CUGCACCGGAAGUCAAACAUUAGGACCUUACGUGUCACUCCGGAGAGUUUCAGUCAUUCACAAAGCUGCUCGUCUGUUGGAAGACGUCUUGUCGUUGAUGCGCCGCAUUCACUCCGGUGACUGUCGCUAACAGCGGAGGCAUGAAGGCUUUGAUCCUGGUGGGCGGGUACGGCACCCGCCUGCGCCCGCUCACCCUGAGCGUCCCCAAGCCGCUGGUGGAGUUCUGCAACAAGCCCAUCCUGCUGCAUCAGGUGGAGGCGCUGGUGAAGGCCGGGGUGGACCAUGUGGUUCUGGCUGUGAGCUACAUGUCAGAGCUGCUGGAGAGAGAGAUGAGAGUCCAGGAGCAAAGACUGGGGAUUCGUAUCUCUCUUUCUCAUGAGAAGGAACCUCUGGGAACCGCGGGUCCGCUGGCGUUGGCUCGAGAGCUGCUGAACGUCGACAACGAGCCGUUCUUCGUCCUCAACUCAGACGUCAUCUGUGACUUUCCCUUCAAAGACCUGCUGCAGUUCCACCGCCACCACGGGAAGGAGGGAACCAUCGUGGUGACGCGGGUGGAGGAGCCCUCCAAGUACGGCGUGGUAGUGUUCGAGACGGACAGCGGGCGCAUCCACCGCUUCGUGGAGAAGCCGCAGGUCUUCGUCUCCAACAAGAUCAACGCCGGCAUGUACAUCUUCAAUCCCAGCAUGCUCAGCAGGAUCCAGCUCAGACCGACGUCCAUAGAGAAGGAAAUAUUUCCCGUCAUGGCCGAGGAGGGGCAUCUGUACGCCAUGGAGCUGCAGGGUUUCUGGAUGGACAUCGGGCAGCCUAAAGACUUCCUGACUGGGAUGUGCAUGUACCUCCAGUCUCUGAGACAACAGGCUCCCGACAAGCUGCGCACCGGGCCCGGUUUCCUCGGCAACGUCCUGGUGGAUCCCACCGCUCAGAUCGGAGAGAACUGCACCAUCGGUCCCAACGUGACCAUCGGAGCCGGCGUGGUGGUGGAGGACGGCGUGAGGAUAAAACGCUGCACGGUGCUGAAAGGGUCCCGGGUUCGAUCCCACUCCUGGCUGGAGAGCUGCAUCGUGGGAUGGAGUUCAUCGGUGGGCCAGUGGGUGCGGAUGGAGAACGUGACGGUGCUGGGCGAAGACGUGAUCGUGAACGACGAGCUUUACCUGAACGGGGCCAACGUGCUGCCGCACAAAUCCAUCAACGAGUCGGUGCCGGAGCCGCGAAUCAUCAUGUAGCGUCGGGCGGAGGGCGAGCAGCGCGGAACAGAGACACCCUGGGAGGCCUUUUUACAGGAGCUCGACCAAAACAAACUGUGCCGGAGAGAACGGCACGAAGGCGGCGGAGGACCGGGCUUCUUUUCUUUGUUUUCCUUUUCAUUUGGACUCGUUUUUACCCUGCUAGGCUGCAUCUCCCCCCCCCCCCCCAGGUAGAAAGUGUAGGACGGAUGGUGUGAGUCGGGCCGAGGUCAGACGAACCCCCCCGAUGGCCUCCGACUUCAGACCCGGGAAGUAUUCAGGUGGAGAGAGGCUGGAAACACUUGUUUUUGUGGGAGUGGUGCUCAGAGAGACGUUUCGAUCCACUAUGCAUUCACACUAACCGGACCGCUUCAGGGAACACACGUUAAAACGAAGGGCGGCACGCAAACCGAAUCCAGCAGGAGGAGGCGUGUCUGUGUUCACAUGAAUGUAAAGCAUCGUGGCACAUGGCACCUCUUCAUGCGAUCGUGGGGAAAUUAGCUUGUCUUCUGCUGGAGCUAACGUGAAUUUCUUUGUUCUUCUGAAUCAUGAUACGCCGUUUGCCUCGAGACCAGAACAGUUACUGCUCAGUGAAAAGACAACAGGUUUGAAAAUGACAACCUAGGAUCAACGUUGGCUUUAAUCGGCUCAAAUAAAUGCAAUAGAAACUUCAAUCUUUCACCUGAAGGUGGUGCCAAAAACACAAGGAUGCUACUCUGGAUGUUACACCGUGGCUUGGCUGAAGUAUUCAGUCAGAAAGUAUCUGGAUUUAAGAUGUGGCACUGAGCUUUUAUGGCUUUCUAUUUCCUUCACUUUACAUCUCUGGCAUCAGACUUGAUUCUGUGCUGAUCUCCGGCUGCUCCUCUCUUCUUCCAAAGCAGCUGAUCUCUGACCGAAUCGCAGAAACUCGAUGUGACGUCGAAGCUCAUUUCUGGUCCUCACGUCUUUAAAAACCAGCUGUGAACAGUCAAGAGUUUGGGUUUAUCUUCUGACUGAACAUUACAGGUGAAAGCAGAUCGGUGUAACAUCGUAGCCUCUUGACACUGUCUAGAAAAUGAAGAAUCAAAGUGAAGUUUCCACUUUUUCCUCUUUGCUCUUAUGGUGCCACCUGAAUGUUAAAUUAAUGUUUUGAACAUACAGGAUGAAUUAGGAAUCAAAUGUUUCAUUGGACAUGUUGAGGUCAACCAACUAGUUUGUGCAACCAGGACUUUUUUUUUUUUCCUUUUAGAACAAACAGCACUUAUAAAUGUGUUUACAAUGUCUGAGUUGAACUGCAUGUGAUUUUAACAGCAGUCGCACUAAGGAGGAACAUGCGCUGGAAAGAGGUUUGAGCUCUGAGUCGUCGUCAAACCGAGAGGUUUCGUCUGAAUCUGUCAGUCCGCCUCUGUUUUUACGGUUGUCAUGCAGUCAGUGACGAACAGUAUUCACUUCACAACUGAACGUGUUUGAAUGAAGUCUUGUAAUGAAGAAAUAAUAUAAUCUGCUGACUUUGUUUACAACGUUGUCUUUUUUUUCUUAAUGAAUGAGCUUUGUCCAGCUGAUGAGGGGAAAACAUGAGCUCAGUGUCUUCCACUGGAGACAAAGCAUGCUGGGUAAGAAUGCAGCAUUCAGUCAGAACCAUCAUUUAUUUUGAUUAAUUACCGACUGAAAUGUUUAGAUUUUUGUUUUAGCCCUUUAUUUUAAAGGUGCCUU